AUAAAGCAACGUGAAAAUUAUUAUUUUGUUGUUAAAUUGUGGUAACAAACAAGCCAAACAUGGCGGAUCAUGCGUUUCAUCGGCCUGGCCCGUUGAAGCAAACAAACAAAGCCCAUAAAACUGGCCGUCAUCGCUCCAAAGGCGCCAUCGAUAAUGCCCUCAAAGGCAAAGUGGGCCUCAAAGCUAUCUCGCAUAAGCAUAAGCUGCAGCAGCGAAAGGAGCAGCGACGCAAUCAAAUGAAUCAGCUGCGCAAAAACAAACGGGACGAAGUCUUGAUGCAGAAGCGUCAGUUGGGUGGCCAGAAUACAGCCCCAUUUCUGGUGUGCUUGCUGCCCAUGCACGAGCAAAUCGAUCCCAACUCGGCGCUUGCAAUACUUGAGAGCUGCGACAGUGAAAUCGUUGUGGAUAGGUCACCUAGCGGUGUCGUUUAUAUGAAUCUGCCGCGCUUCAAGCAGCGCUUCGCCUUUGUCUUGCCGCCCGUUGGACGUGGCAACGAGCUGAUUGUCCUGGACUAUCUGAAGGUGUGCGACACCACAUUGAUGCUGACGUCGGCCGCCUUUGGCGAGGAUGACAUCUUCGAUCGUUGGGGUCAGCGUGUGUUCAACAUGAUUUCAGCGCAAGGCAUACCGACGCCAGUUGUAGCGUUGAUGGAUCUGGAAUCCAUUAAUCCAAAGCGUCGCACUGCUGCAAAGCAAGCGGCUCAGAAGUUUAUCAGCAAACUGCUGCCAGAGGAGAAGAUCAUGCAGAUGGACACCGCCGCCGAGGGACUGAAUGUUAUGCGACGUAUUGGUGGGCAGAAGAAGCGCUUGCUGCACAACGUUAACAAUCGGCCCAACUUGUUUGGCGAUCUGGUCGAAUAUGUGCCUAAUGGGGAGUUGGGCACUCUGAAGGUAACGGGCUAUCUACGUGGACAGUCGCUGAAUGUGAAUGGACUUGUGCAUAUACCCGGGCUGGGUGAUUUUCAACUCGGCCAGGUGGAUGCUCCGCCCGAUCCCUAUAAGUUGGAUAAGAGUCGCGAUGGAGAGGCAGCUCAAGUGCGAUUGCUCGACCGCAGCAAUCCAGAGAAGCAAACGUCGCUGCAGACCGAGAACAUACCCGAUCCUAUGGAUGCGGAGCAAACGUGGCCAACAGAAGAGGAAAUCGAGGCCGCCCAAAAGGAGACUAAAAAAACAAAGCUAAUCAAGCGCGUGCCCAAAGGCUACAGCGAUUAUCAGGCCGCCUGGAUACCCGAUGUGGAGGAAGUGGAAGGCAAUAAUGAUGAUGAUGAUGCUGAUGACGACGAGGAUGACGAUAUGAGCGAUGAAGAUGACGAGGACUUUAUGUCCUGUGAUAACAAAUCCUUUGAGGAUGAAUGCGAGAAACGUGACUCGGAUACGGAAGAGUAUUUGGACAGCGUUUCUGUGUCCUCAGAGGCAGCUGUUAAUGAUGAAAAGUACGAUCAGCAAAUGGAUUUCCAGGAAGAGCGGGAGACACUACAGAAACUGCAACAGGCGCGCACCGAUCAACUGUGGCCCGAUGAAAUCGACACUCCCCUUGAUGUUCCUGCUCAUGAACGUUUCCAGAAGUAUCGCGGCCUCGAAUCGUUCCGUACAUCGCCCUGGGAUGCCAAAGAGAAUCUGCCCAGCGAUUAUGCGCGCAUCUAUCAGUUUAAGAAUUUCGAUCGCACCAAGCGACGCAUUUUAGCAGAGGCAAAGGAGUUCGAGGGCAUCUUGCCCGGCUUGUACAUUACACUGCAUGUCAUCAAUGUGCCCGCUAGCCGUUGGGACGCUUUCAGAUCCGGUCAGCUAACAGAUAAUGUCAUCGUUUAUGGCAUGCUUCCGCACGAGCACCAGAUGUGCGUUAUGAACGUUGUCCUGCAACGUAUUCCCGACUCGGAGGUGCCGCUCAAGUCAAAGGAGCAACUGAUUGUCCAGUGUGGCUAUCGGCGCUUCGUUGUCAACCCGAUUUACAGUCAGCACACCAAUGGCGACAAGCAUAAGUUUGAGCGUUUCUUCCGUCCGUAUGAGACCGUGUGCGCCACAUUUUAUGCGCCCAUACAAUUCCCUCCUGCUGCAGUGCUCGCUUUUAAGGUGAAUCCCGACUCCACGCUAGCAUUGGUCGCCCGAGGCCGCUUACUUUCUUGUAAUCCUGACCGAAUAGUGCUGAAGCGCGUGGUGCUUAGCGGUCAUCCAAUGCGCAUCAAUCGCAAAUCGGCGACGAUACGUUACAUGUUCUUCUACAAGGAGGACGUCGAGUACUUCAAGCCCGUCAAGCUACGCACAAAAUGCGGUCGCAUGGGUCACAUUAAGGAGUCCCUGGGUACGCACGGUCACAUGAAGUGCUACUUCGAUGGCCAGCUGCGCUCAUACGACACUGCAUUCAUGUAUCUCUAUAAACGUGUCUUCCCCAAAUGGAAUUAUGAGGAAUGCCUUGUGCGCAGCGCAGAGCAUACACGGCAAGAGUCAGCGGCGGAGGCUCGUCGCAACUCGAAGCAGCUCGAGGAUGUGUCCAUGGAUCAGUAGUUGAAUUUGUAAAUAUAUCUAAUUAUACAUAU